AUGUUCAGCUGGGUGGUACUUCCUUUCAGACGCGAGUGGGUGAAUCUUGCUCAUGCGGUUAGUUACGAGUCGCAGGAGAAGGUAGAAAGAUUACUUCGCUAUCUUUGUGAUCCGAAUAUGGGAGACGACGAUGGCACUCCGUGCCUUCACCUUGCUGCUCGGCGUGGAGAUGCUGGCAAAGUCCUCUUGCUCUUGGAGGCCGAAGCUGACCUAGAGAAAGAGGACCAGUAUGAUGGUGUAACGGCUUUGUACAUGGCUAGUGCGGCGGACAGUCUGGAAACGAUGAGGGUUCUUCUGGACGCCGGAGCAAACAAGGCCAAGGCAGUCCGUUGUGUGUGCAGCAGGAUAUGCCGUGUUGGCUGUGGCUAUGACGAGGACCUCGAUGUGAAAGACGGCCGGCGGGCUCUUCAGCAACUGCUGCAAGCGCAGGCCGACAUAAACCUCGCCGACCACUCUGGGAGGACGCCGCUCCAUCUCCUUGUGAUAGAGACGGUUAUGGCGGCCAAGACCUCAGCAAGGUCGCAGGUUGGUUGUUGCAGGUCAGAGCAAACCCGAGCUUGGUGGACAAUAGAGGCAGGACGGCACUUCAUGAGGCUGCAGAGAGCAACCGUACCGGGGCCGUGCAAAGGCUUUUGA